AUGUCCAUCUUAUUAGAGAAGUCCAGCCUUGCAUUUCGACACGGCCGCGGCGGCCACGUGGGGGCCACCGUGGUGGUGUCGGUGGCCGCUCGCUGCCACGGCGCCAUCCGCGUGCCCCGCUCUUUCCGUAGGAACAAGAGGAGGAUCAUGCGCAUAUUCACGCUGCCCGCCGCGGCGGACACGCCGCCCGAGCCCAACUUCUACGACAGCAUGAAGAAGAUCCGCCUGCGGCAGCAGCUGGAGAUGUAUUCCAUCGCAAGGAAGUAUGAGCAGCAGCAGCAGCCACCAAAACAGACUGAAAGCAUACAGCUCUCAGUGGAAUGAAGUCCACAAUUGUAAGAAUUCAGGAUAUCCUUACAAUGCUGAUAACAGGAGUCAGAGCGGGGACAUUUUUGGUG